GCAGAGAGAACACAAGUGCUGAGUGAUCGUGCGAGACUGGCUGCGCUUGCCUGCUGUGGACGCUGCUGUUUGUUUGCUGACUGGAGGGCAGUUCUGCCUGCGCCACGCCGAGGGGAACCGCCUGUCGCCAAAAAGCUAACAGCACGCUCUUCACACAGUCUGAGCUGGGAUCGAGUGCAGGUCUCUACUGCAGAACUUAUUGACGGCCAUUAUGCUGAGGCUUCACGCUUUGUUGACUGUCCUGCUCACUCACCUGUAGUCUCCUGUGUCCGGUGAGCGAGCGUGAGGGAGGACCGGUUUUGGAACUCAGCCCACAGCCAAUCAGAAGGCCAGCUGCAUGGGGGUUCUAGUGUGUUGCGAUUGCUUCUUUUAUAGGAAGUCUAAAACGAAGCCCAAUGGAAAGAAGCCUCCAGCUGAAGAGAAGAAGCACUAUUUGGAGCCGGAGUACACUAAAGUGCGGGUGGUGGACUUCGACCUCAAAGAGCUGGUGGUGCUGCCCAGAGAGAUAGACCUCAACGAAUGGCUGGCCAGCAACACAACAACCUUCUUCAAUCUCAUCAACCUGCAGUAUAGCACAAUCUCAGAGUUUUGCACUGGCGACACAUGUCAAGCCAUGACGGCGUGUAAUACAAUAUACUACUGGUAUGAUGAGAGGGGGAAGAAGACCAAGUGUACAGGACCUCAGUAUGUGGACUUUGUCAUGAGUUUAGUGCAGAAACUAGUGACGGAUGAGGAAAUCUUCCCAACGAAAUAUGGGAAAGAGUUCCCCAACUCGUUUGAGUCUCUGGUGAAGAAGAUCUGCCGGUACCUGUUCCACGUGCUGGCACACAUCUACUGGGCGCACUUUAAGGAGACGGUGGCGCUGGAGCUGCAGGGACACUUGAACACGCUGUAUGCACAUUUUAUCGUCUUUGUGAGGGAAUUCAAUCUGGUCGACCCAAAGGAGACAUGCAUCAUGGAUGACCUGUCGGAGGUGCUGUGCACCCCUCUGCCCCCCUCCCCGCAACAGAACCACGUGACAGAAAGAUGAGCUGCCAGCAGUGCCGCCGAGCCCCAUUAGCGCAGAAGAAAAGGAGGAUGAAGAGGGAGUGAGACAAGGCCCUGGGCAGGGCCGGGCUGCUGGCAGGACUCGCAGACCCUUUGACAUCCUGAUCACUUUUUUACCACCAUAAGAAUUGGUCAAAGGGGCGGAGCAUGGGGGGAAGGCAGUGCCUCUGACCAGUGCACACUGGUGUGGAUUCCCCCUUCCAAAAAAACAGCCCAACUCUCUACCUUGCAAUCUGACUAGGAACAAUGUUUGUUUAUUUUUUUAAUUGCUUUUAUCUUUUCGUUUUUAUUUAUUCUUGGAGGAUGUGUGUUGUUUUAUGGGGAUGGUGUUUUCAAAUUGGCCCUUAGUACCUUAUCAAUACCUAAGACGUGAGACUAAGGCACUGUCUUGCGCUAUUAGACAACGUUAUAGAGACACACAUUGAAAAUCUAGCGCCCCCUCAUGGAGAAAUAAUUAUUACAAGGUGCCAGCUGCCCUGACUGUUAGUUCUCUGUGACUGGGACUUCACUGUAAACGUUCAUUCCAGUCAAGCUGGUUCCAAUUCACUUGUUGUCUCCAUUCGUCGCUCCUAAUCGUACCUGUCUCCUCCCUCUCUCCUGUUCCUUCGUCCAUAGUUAAAUUCUAUUCUGAUGUGCUCAGACGUUUUGAGAGGUCACGCAAUACUUAAACACCAGAGAUGAAUGUCUUAGAGGGUUUUGAUGACCAGAAUGGUCAUCUCUUCUCUCUCAUACAGUGACCAGCUUGAAGCUGGUGGAAUGUGGAUAUGAUGGCAUACAGAAUGGGUGAGAUUGAUGAUGUGGGUAGAUGACACAGGUGGUUUCUGCCUGGGAUGAAUUCACCCUUUUUGUGGCAAUCCAUUUACUGGGUCAGACUGAUGAGGAUCCAUCCUCCAGGGUCACAGACUUUUUCAGUUUGUUUUUAUUUUUUCUUUUUAUGUUAUCAAAGAGGUCAUGGAAAUUAUGGCAACCUACUCGUAUGUAGAACAUGCACAUUCUGCUUGCAGUUUUAAGAAAUAGAUUGUAACUAUAUAGAGAAAAUCGCAAGUGGGUUAUGUCAGAAUAGCCUCCAUGGAGGGAGACUCGUCUCCGCUUUUAUUUUAUUUAUUUUUGACUUUUUAUUUGCAGGGUUCUUCAGUUCUCGCUUUCUUUUAUGUAUUUUAAUUAUCUAAGUUAAGGCAAUUUAUUAUUUUAAGCUCUGCAAAUUAUAAUCUAAUAAAAAAUGGAAAAAAAAACAACCUGACUCAAGCUGUUUUACCUUAGCAGUAAUAUUAAAACCAAGCUGUAAAAAAACUUCUGCUUAGUAGAUUUCUUAUGUAAGGAUCUCCAGCAUUAGUGAACCUCAGUAUCAUUAGGGAUGAUUGAAACAAGUUGUGCGAGUAAUAUUAGCAUGAAAUUUAAGUAGCAAUUGAUAUUUGCUUUUUACAGUUCAUUUCUGUAUAGCUAUUUUAAAGGAAUGGUUCAGCGAAGAAAUCACAUGUACACAAUUUUCCACUCAACCUAAAUGUAGUCAGUCAGUCAAAACAUGUUGGUGUCCAACUUUUGCUUCUGUAGUUCCUUAGUAUCACUGGUGCUACGAGGCUGACGUUCCUAACAAACAUUAGGUCGCCCAAGCCUUUCCUUUAUUGUGCCGAAUUCUGCCAUAGAAUAUCAGAGACCCUCUCUCUACUUUAAGAAUCCCAGAGAAUGUGUAGAGAGGAGAAUCUCCACUCAGUAAUGCGUUCUGGGUUUUUAUAGGCACCAGAGGGCGCUCCUGAGUGAGGCCAAAGUAAAUGGGUUAAUAUGGAGCAUUUGAGCACAAUCAUAGUUUGUAAGUGCCUAAACAUUUUUAUAUAGAUGAAUGUAUUCAGUUACUGAACACAGAGCAGCACAAAACACUGCUGUUAUAUUUUUAAGUGUUUUUGAACUGUUACAGGUCUUCAUAAGGACACUUCAUGUACAUUAACCUCAGUGACUGCAAACUGCUUCACUCAGCCAAUGAGCUGAUCAGGUCGCCAACCAAUCAGCACUCAGUAGCAUUAAUGCUAAUAUCUUACUGCGCAAAACCUGGCAAAUACACCUUUCUACUUUCUAAAAUUAAAGGAAAGUCCCGGAUAAGUGGUUAGAAACUUCUUCAACUUUUCGUUUGUAGCCGUUUAGCUCCAUUCACCCCCAUUCAUUGAGGGCUCGCUCGCGGGCGCCCUCUGGCGUCCUGUUUCUGAUAUAACGGGAGGAAUAGCUCAAUUUCUCUUGUUUCUGUCUUUAAGCUGCUAUUUUCAGACAGGAAAUUCACGAUUAACAGUUAAUUUACUGUUACACGGUGAGGGUUUGUUCAUUUGUGUAGUUCACAUUAAGUCCACCAUGUCUUAAAGCACAUCGACAAGUCAGCGCAGCCUCAAUGAAGAUUUGUAUACGGUGUGAGCGGUUUGAGAGGUUUGUGGAUGUGUUCACAGAAAAGAUGUGGGGUGUCUGGUGACUGAUCAUGUUUGUUAGCUACAUUAGCCUCGUAACUCAAGAGUUUAACUAAAGGAGCAAAUAUAUAUCUCGGGUAAGUGUAAAAUUGUGUAAAUUUGAACUAUUUAAGCGCCGCUGUGGAAGAAAGCAGAUCAUGCCCCAUAAAAGCUCUUUUCUUUUAACUUUAUUUUUGAAACGAUAAAAUAUACAACUGAUGUUCAUUUGUUAGUGUUUC